CCGCCAACAGAAAAUCUUAUAAGGAGAAAAGCAGCUAAAAAAAAUUAAAAGGGAAUUGUGGGAUUUUUUUAAAAAUAUUAAAUACUUUAGGGACCUUUUUGAGAAACGAAAACCACCGUAUUUCAGUUGCAUCCGUUCCUAUUUAUCAGUUCAGCUUCUUUCUGAUACCGUGGUACAAAACUAUUUCAGAUAACUCUCUUUCAUUUACACUCGCCGGACUCCGGCGACAUGUUCGACGGAACUCUUUUCCCGGCAACUUCUCCGGUGACCCGAAAUCCGAGAUCCGGUCUAUUUUUAAUUGUUUCCGGUAAUAUGCCUGUUUGGAUUGCUGGAAACCAAUUGGAAAAUUUUCCCGGCAAAUCUCGGUAAUUCGGUCACAUCGUUGGGAUUAUUUUCUUUUUUUGUCGUCGUUGGUGAUUGUUUUCUCUAUACUUUAGAUGUAAUUGCUCAAAUUUCGACUUUCUGGUUUUUUUUUUAGAGAUUAGAUAGAAAAAAGUGGGCUUGUUUUAUAUAAUUUGGCUCAGGAAUUGGGUACGAAGUGUGAAAUGAAGGUAUACAGUAUUGAUUUUUUGAACUGAUGGAAAGGAUAAACAGAUGGAGAGUGAUUGUCUUCAAAGAUCGGAAUUUGUUUUCUGGGUAUUGGGAGCAUAAUCAAGAACUGUGGCAUAAGGGUAAUUCUUUGAUGAUUAAUCCGGAUUGUUUUCCUUUUGGGGAACUUGCUUGAUUUUUUUCUUUGGAUGACAGCAAAUAUUGGUUAAUAUUACUAAAAACAACCUUUUUAGAUUACAAUUGAUGGAGGAAGAAGAGGAAGUAAUGAGUCAUUCAAUAAUGAAUAUGAGGGGAGGAGUAAAUGAUGGUCGCUUACGAUUAGGAUCAAGUGAUUCACUCCUCCCUGGUCUUAUUGAUGACGUUGCAUUGAAUUGUCUGGCCUGGGCAUGCAGAUCAGACUAUGCCUCAUUAUCAUGUAUAAACAAGAUGUUUCAUAAGCUAAUUGAAAGCGGAUAUUUGUAUGGGCUAAGGAAGCAAUUGGGAAUUAUAGAGCAUUGGGUGUAUUUAGUUUGUGAUCCAAGGGGAUGGGAGGCAUUUGAUCCUGUGAGAAAGAAAUGGAUGGCUUUGCCUAAGAUACCUUGCGAUGAGUGUUUCAAUCAUGCAGAUAAGGAGUCAUUGGCUGUGGAUAGCGAAUUGCUUGUUUUUGGGCGUGAGCUGUUUGAUUUUGCUAUUUGGAAGUAUAGUUUGAUUGAUCAUGGCUGGGUCAAAUGUGAAGGGAUGAAUCGGCCCCGGUGUUUGUUUGGAUCAGGUAGCUUUGGUUCUAUUGCUGUUGUUGCCGGAGGGAGUGAUAAGAAUGGGAACGUUUUGAAUUCAGCAGAGUUGUAUGACUCUUCAACAGGCAAAUGGGAAAUGCUACCAAACAUGCAUUCGCCACGUAGAUUGUGCUCGGGAUUUUUUAUGGAUGGCAAAUUCUAUGUGAUUGGUGGGAUGUCAAGUCCCACUGUUUCAUUGACUUGUGGGGAGGAGUAUGAUUUCGAGACAAGGAAAUGGAGGACUAUUGAAGGGAUGUAUCCAAAUGUUAAUAGGGCUGCUCAGGCUCCUCCGCUUGUUGCAGUUGUGGAUAACCAGCUAUAUGCUGUUGAGUAUUUAACUAACAUGGUGAAGAAGUAUGACAAGGUAAAAAACACCUGGGUUGUGUUGGGGAGGCUGCCUGUGAGGGCGGAUUCUUCAAAUGGUUGGGGCCUGGCUUUCAAGGCUUGUGGGGAGGAAAUUCUAGUUGUGGGUGGGCAAAGGGGCCCAGAAGGUGAAUCUGUUGUGCUUAACUCAUGGUGUCCAAAGUCUGGAGUCAAUAAUGGAACUUUGGAUUGGAAAAUUCUUGGUGUGAAGGAGCAUGUUGGCGUGUUUGUUUACAAUUGUGCUGUUAUGGGUUGUUGAGGAUUCUUUUAGAUCAACUCAACAGAGGGUGCAGGUUGCUGCAAUCUUACCUGUCCUUUUAGGGUGCUGCCUGAGCAAUUAUUUGAUUCACUAGAAUUAAUUUGUCACUGAGAUAGCACUUCUCAAUAUGAAAAUUUGGUUUCCUUCCUUAACAACCCUGUAUUUAAAUUUGUGUGCUUCACUUUAAGAUUCUGCAUUUUUAUUUGCUUUAAAGAGUACUGAGUAGGGUUUACUCAGGUAAUGCUCUAUUCUCUCAUUUUCUCUUUUCUUUUUCUUUGUUAAGUUCUAUUUCUGAUCACAGCUAAUAAAUUGAAAACCAUUAUUAUUUCC